UGAACACAAUUUUCAAAUUACAAAUAUGUUCGACUGUUCGUCACUGGUAACAUUGGCGUUUACUGUCUUUAUGUCAAUUUAGGUGGUGACAAGAAGGUGUUUUGAAAAUGGGGAAAGUAAAGUGCUCGGAAUUGCGCACCAAAGACAAAAAGGAACUCUUCAAACAACUUGAAGAGUUGAAAACGGAGCUAACAAAUCUCCGAGUAGCUAAAGUUACAGGAGGAGUAGCGUCUAAACUAUCUAAAAUACGUGUUGUGAGGAAAGCCAUAGCACGUGUUUACAUCGUCUACCAUCAAAAAAUGAAGGUCAAUUUAAGAAAUCACUACAAGAACAAGAAGUACAAGCCUCUGGAUUUGAGACCUAAGAAGACUCGUGCUAUGCGCAAGGCUCUAACCAAGCAUGAGGCGAGAAUCAAAACUCAGAAAGAAAUCAGAAAGAAGUCUCUAUUUCCACCUAGAGUUUAUGCAGUAAAAGCCUAAAUAAAAUUAAAAAAAAAAUUGUUUUUAUUCUACAAUGA